GUCCGCUUCGUGGACAGAUUUUUUUAUGUGGCGGAGUAAAACCUCUCGCUUCGCCUAAUUCCUAUAUGGACAUGUUACAACAAACGCCGUGAGCCCCAACAAAAACCCGCCUCAAACACGGCCGAAAGGAGACGUAUAAAGGCAACAUGUCCCGGCACAGAAAUGUCCGAGGCUACAACUAUGAUGAAGACCUUGACGAUGACGAUCUGUAUGGACAGUCUGUUGACGAUGACUACUGUAUCUCCCCUGCUACAGCAGCCCAGUUCAUCUACUCCAGCAGGCAGGAGAGACCCAACGUUGAGCCACCCCUAGAGGAGGAGGAGAUGGAGGAAGAUGAGGCCAUACACACCUCUCCCACCCUCACACACAACCUCAACCCCCUGGACCAAGGCAAGUUGUACUCGUGUCUGGACCUGAUGCGUGCGGUGCUGGGUGAUGCCAUGCCAGAGUCGAUCCUUACCCAGGCUGCCUUGCGGUGCGCCUUCGACCCUCAGAGAGCCUUGGACGCCGUUCUCUCAGUCGAGAGCGCCGGGCUGCCGCCCCUGGACGCCAGGACCAAUAAUGACGCACCGCUGCCGCAGAGAGCAAAUAAGGAGACAGCAGUUGUACCAAGAGCCAAUCAGGAAGCCUCAGCUGCACCGCGACCAGAGAAAGCUAAGGACCGUGAGGCGGGGCAGUGUCAACUGGACUCAGAAGUUCUGCCUAAAGUGGCCCGCAUGACCGUCUCAGGGAAGAAACAGACCAUGGGCUUUGACGUGCCGAGUACAGAGGAGAACGGGGUCGUCCCCAGCCCCUCCGUCCAUCGUGGGGGUAGCCCUGAUGAGAUGACCAUGAAAACCAGCCCCGAAACCCCCUCCAAGCGUCCGGAGACACCCUCUAAAGGGUUCGGGGGGGCAGAGGAGCCCCCUUCCGUCCCCACCCCAGGACGUACCCCUGGGAAGGCCAAGCAACAGCUGAACGUCAGGGCCGAGCUGGAGAAGAGACAAGGGGGCAAGUCUCUACUCAACCUGGUGGUUAUAGGUCAUGUGGAUGCUGGGAAGAGCACUCUGAUGGGUCACCUGCUGUACCUGUUGGGAAACGUCAAUAAACGCACCAUGCACAAGUACGAACAGGAGUCCAAAAAGGCUGGCAAGGCCUCGUUCGCCUACGCAUGGGUCCUGGAUGAGACCGGGGAGGAGAGGAACAGGGGUGUAACCAUGGACGUGGGAAUGACUAAGUUUGAGACGGCCUCUAAGGUGGUGACUCUGAUGGACGCUCCUGGACACAAAGACUUCAUCCCUAACAUGAUCACUGGAGCGGCCCAGGCGGACGUGGCGGUGUUAGUGGUAGAUGCCAGCAGAGGUGAGUUUGAGGCAGGGUUCGAGGCGGGUGGGCAGACGCGAGAGCACGGCCUUCUGGUCCGUUCGUUGGGCGUCACGCAACUCGCUGUUGCCGUCAACAAGAUGGACCAGGUAAACUGGCAACAGGAGCGAUUCAAAGAGAUCAUCUCUAAACUUGGACAUUUCCUGAAACAGGCUGGAUUUAAGGACUCUGAUGUGUUCUAUGUGCCGACCAGUGGUCUAUCAGGAGAGAACCUGACCACUAAGAGUUCUGCUCUGGCGCUAACAUCCUGGUACUCUGGACCCUGUCUGCUGGAACAGAUCGAUUAUUUCAAACCACCCCAGAGGUCGAUAGAAAAGCCCUUCCGACUGUGUGUCUCGUCUUCCAAAG